CGAGCUGUCAUUCAUGUAAAUCUUUUUUUUUGUACUGCAAUCAUUUUUUACACUUGGCUCCAGUUAUCUUAUCGAAAAUCGUGGCAGAGGAGCAGAUUCCUCCGCAGUUGUCGGCUAAUUUUGAAACUCACUUGAUAUUCGCUCGGCUGCGUGCAAUCGAACUAGGAGUAGUCGUGCGUCGUUUCGACAUUUCAUUGAUUGCCGUGUGUGCAAGAGAUAGUGACAAAAAGUUUUGCUUUUCGCGUUCCGGGGGCCUUUCUAAUCGUCAAAUGUUGACGAUUUGCCCAAAAUUAUCAGUUUUCAUGGAAAUUUUCGGGGAUAGUUUUAGCAAGUAGCCGCGGUGCAAACGAGACUUGUUUCAGGGACGUUCCGGACUGCAAGCGUGAAACACAGAAACCAACAAAAUGCAUCGGAGUUGGAAGUAUAAGAAGAGCAGCAUGAACUCGAUGGAAAUGCUGCUCGAUCGGCAGUACGGCGAUGUGGAGCUGGAGGUGCAAAAUCGACUGCAAACGGCGCCCCACCUGAUGGACCGGAUCGAGCUGGAAGUCAUCCUCGAGGGGCACAAUGGCUGUGUCAACUGUCUCGAGUGGAGCGACGACGGCAGAUAUUUAGCAUCCGGUUCAGAUGAUUUUCAUGUAAUGAUUUGGGAUCCAUUUCGACGAAAAUCUUUAAAUGAGGUGUCCCCUGUAUAUAGUGGAAAAUGCAUAGAAGAUUUAAAAACUCCACACACCGGAAAUAUAUUUUCAGUUAAAUUUUUACCGAAAAGUGGAAAUUCCAUAAUGGCCACUGGUGCCGGUGAUAAAUGCAUAUUUGUUUUUGAUUUAAAUCGUAACAGCGAUCCAAUCUGGAAUUGCAUAUGCCAUCGACUUAGAGUGAAAAGGCUCGCAACUGCAGUUGAAACACCGUUUAUAUUUUGGUCAGUAGGAGAGGAUGGCAAUGUUUUACAAUUCGACAUUAGAGAGCAUCAUAAAUGUCGGUCCGAUGAUAAAGUGCUGCUUAUCAAUUUAGGAAACUAUUUGGAGGGAAAAUGUAUUGCUAUAAACCCCAGGAGACCUGAGCUGUUAGCUGUCGGCGCAAGUGAUGCAUACGCCCGAUUAUACGACAGACGAAAAAUCAAACUUGAAAAAGUUGAAACGUCCAAAUCAUCUCGUGAAUUACCUAAAGAUUGUGUGACAUAUUUCUGUCCAGGACAUUUUAGUCGAAAUACAACAUUCAGUAGCUAUGAUAGUAAAGCCAUAACGUAUCUAACAUUUAAUUCAGAUGGAAAUGAAUUGCUAGUAAACAUGGGUGCUGAACACAUUUACUUGUAUGAUAUUGAUAACGCUCAACAACCAGUUUUUCUUGAUUUACCAGAGUAUCGGAAACCUACUGACGAAUCGACUGCGGAACCGUCAAGAACGAAACGAAAGUUGCCGGAACAUGUUGAAAUUUAUAAGAAAAGGGGCAACGACUUCUUGGAAAAUGAAAAAUAUUUAAUGGCCAUUGAUCAAUACACACAAGCAAUUCAAAUGGCGCCAGAUUGUCCAAUAUUAUAUUUGAAUCGGGCAACGGCGCUGAUGAGGAGGUUAUGGUACGGUGAUGUUUACGCUGCCUUACGUGAUUGCCAUAUAGCCUUAAAACUUGAUCCAUCUUAUAUCAAAGCUCACUUUCGGUUAGCACGCGCCUUACAUGAUUUGGGGAGAAUCCAAGAAGCUGAAAUGUGCUUGAAAGAGCUAAUUGCUCGUUUUCCGAAUUAUGCCAAUAAUCAUGGAGUGCUAGUGUUACGAAAGGAAAUUCAAAUGUCGGCAGAGAACAAGAAAAAUGAGCAAUCUGACUCUUUCACCCUCUUGGACCUUUCAAAAACUGAAGAGGAGUUAAGAUCCAAAGCCAAAGACUACAAAGAACGAUUUAUUGGACAUUGCAAUACAACCACAGACAUCAAAGAAGCAACGUUUUUCGGAAAUGACAGCAAAUACAUUGUGGCUGGGUCCGAUGAUUGUAAUUUCUUCAUAUGGGAGCGUCCGACAAAUAUGAUAAAAAGUAUAUACAAAGGUGAUAUGGCGAUUGUCAACUGUGUACAGCCUCAUCCAACGACAUGCCUUCUAGCAACAAGUGGAAUCGAUCAUGAAAUCAAAAUAUGGAGUCCACUUGCUCGGAUUAACGAGGAACGAAGUAAUCGCGUCCAGUAUAUCGAGGGAACGAUCGACUUAAAUCAAAAGAAAAUGAAGAGUGAUCCGUUCGAUAUAAACGCUCCAAGCACGUACUGUCGAAGCAGCUAGUUAAAGAUUUCGAGUAGAAACUGUUAUGCAACUGUAAGAAGAGCAAUGAACCACUCUUGCUUUAAUAUUAAGUUCUCUAAGUCUAUUUGUUUCAUGAGUCUCACAGAUAAACACAUACGCGUUUUAAUGAAUGUAGUAAUAAAAAUGAAAAAUGAUAUUUCCAAAUAUUUUUUGCUAACAACCUAUAUAUAAUAUAUAUAACGGAAGAUAUUGAAAAAUAGAUACUUCUUGAAAAUUUGAUUGUUUCUAAGCGACUAUGUCCCAUAAUAAUGUUAAUUGUGAUUAAAUGGAAGAUAAUUUAGUGAAUAUAUUCUUUCCUGUCCAAAUUCACUUGGUACCCUGGGACUUUUUUGAUGUAAUUUCAAAUUGUUUGGUCGAGUGAUAAUAAAAGGAAAUUCACUGUUUGAAUCUUUUAUGAUGGAA